AUGACCGUUUUGGAUAUUGAAAACCUAUUUGAGGCAUUGCUGGAAGAGGCUUCCAUUCGGCCGCUAUAUGUAUUAGUUUAUUUAUCAUUGGUGUAUUUCGGGAUACCUUGGCGAAAUAUUGAUUUAUUUCUGAAAGCGAUCGGUGGACUUGCCGCGAAUACUUGCAGCAGAUGGGGUACAGAUAUAAUCGAACAAGACUUAGAAGAAUUUUUGCAAGACAACAGAGGUGGUAAACAUGAAGAAAGCUUUUACGACACUUAUCCUGAAUUAGAAAAUUUAGCCAAAUUAUAUGCUUUGAACGGCUGUAAAAGAAAAUUAGCAUCUUUCACUUGUUCCGAGCUGGACAGCGGUGUAGAUGAUGAAUAUUAUAAACUAACUGGAGAGACCAAAACCGCGAAAGAAUUAAUUCGAUCAGAAAGAGGUUGCUGUCGAGACUUGAAUCGUUGGGGGUGUAAAUUCGACAAAAAUACAGCGAAACCAUGCUGGGCUGACCAUGAAAGACCUGAUGUCGUUGAUGCGCGAACAAAAUUCCUUUCUCAAGACGAAUGGACAGCAGCUGUAAAGAAACAUCCGGAAUUACUCGAAGAUGAUGGAAUUCAAUAUAUUGUACGAUCAGCUUCUGGGUCGAUUCAGGUGGGCUACGGUGGAUAUUUUGAUAAUGAUGCGAUCAUUAAUCAAUUCAUUUGUUUAUUCAAAAUGUUACCGUUCAAAAAAGCUUACGCAAAAUCACAAGUUUCAUGUCAUUGUCGAUAA